AUGGCAGACGAAGACGAUUUUAUGUGCGAAGAUGACGACGACUACGAUUUGGAUUACUCGGAAGAUAGCAACUCUGAACCAGAUGUUGAUUUAGAAAAUCAAUAUUACAAUUCAAAAUCAUUAAAGGAGGAUGAUCCGGAAGCUGCUUUAGAAGGCUUCCAAAAGGUACUUGAAUUAGAAGAGGAAAAAGGUGACUGGGGCUUUAAAGCAUUAAAACAAAUGAUUAAGAUUAACUUUAAAAUGAAAAAAUUCCAUCAAAUGAUGGAGAAAUAUCAACAGCUAUUAACUUAUAUCAAGAGCGCAGUCACCAGGAAUUACAGUGAAAAGUCAAUCAAUUCUAUCUUGGAUUAUAUUUCAACUUCGGAUGAGGCCGAUUUACUACAAAAUUUCUAUGAAACGACGUUAGAUGCAUUACGCGAAGCUAAAAACGAAAGGCUGUGGUUUAAAACUAACGUUAAGCUAGGUAAGCUGUAUUUCGAUCGAGAAGACUAUGCAAGAUUAUCGAAAAUUCUUAAGCUUCUGUACGCUUCGUGUCAGACUACUGACGGCGAUUACGACUUAAAGAAAGGAACACAGCUGUUAGAAAUUUACGCCUUAGAAAUACAAAUGUAUACUGCUCAGAAAAAUAACCAGAAGCUAAAGGCUUUGUACGAGCAAUCUUUAAGAGUGAAAUCGGCAAUCCCUCAUCCGCUUAUCAUGGGAGUUAUCAGAGAAUGCGGCGGAAAAAUGCAUUUACGCGAAUGCCAGUAUGAAAAAGCACAUACCGACUUUUUUGAGUCGUUUAAAAAUUACGAUGAAUCCGGCAGUUCCAGACGAACAAACUGCCUCAAAUACCUAGUCCUUGCAAAUAUGCUUUUAAAAUCCGGAAUAAAUCCUUUCGAUUCUCAAGAGGCGAAGCCGUAUAAAAAUGAUCCGGAAAUACUUGCAAUGACGAAUUUGGUCAGUGCCUAUCAGAAUAAUGAUAUUACUGAAUUUGAAAAGAUUUUACGAACAAAUCGUCAAAAUAUAAUGGAUGAUCCCUUCAUUCGUGAGCACAUAGAAGUCUUACUCAAGAAUAUAAGGACCCAAGUCCUCAUUAAAUUAAUAAAGCCUUACAAACGAAUUCGAAUUCCCUGUAUUUCCAAGGAACUAAAUAUUGAUGACACGGAAGUCGAAAGUCUAUUAGUUUCAUGCGUACUCGAUAAGGUAAUCCACGGAAGGAUUGACCAAGUCAAUCAAAUAUUAGAAUUAGAUCAGGCCUCCAGGGGUGCAGAAAGAUAUUACGCGAUAAAACAGUGGACAUCGCAACUGGAUAGCCUUUCUCAAAGAAAUCUAAAUAAGAUACAGUAG